AUGCGGUCUUUGUCGAGACAGAUUCUUUCUUUAAUGAUGAUCACAAUUAUCUGUGUCAGAGUUGCAAGUUCAUGCGUCGGUGACAAAGAUUGUAAAGGGGAUCAGCGGUGUUUCAAGGGCACUUGCAGAAAACCAGAAAAUCUAGAUCAAUGUACCAAGCCUAGCGACUGCCAUGAAGAUGCCGUAUGCCAUCGAGAAAAGUGCUAUUGCAGGGGACACACAGUAGGGGAAGGAUUUGAUUGCAAAGCCUCUCUUCCCUGUCCAAAAGAAUACCAUUGUGACUCUAACGCCCUCUGUGUUGUUGAUCCCAAGUAUCCCAAGAAUCCAUACUGCAGAUGUCAUCUGGAUUUUAAGAAGUCUAAUGAUGGUACUUGUGUAGAAAUGAAUGAGUGCGAGAAGAUAGGCAACCCGUGUUCUGGCCGACGAGGAUGUAAGCAAGUGAAUGGCAACUAUGGUUGCUUCUGUAUGGAUGGUUUCACUGAGGUUUUGGUUAAAUAUGAAACAAUUUGCAAAGAUAUAGACGAAUGUAAGAGCCCGGACACAUGCCCAGCUAACUCUCACUGCACAAACACGGAGGGUGCUUUUAAAUGUGAUUGUAAGGCAGGAUUCCAGAAGACUGCUGACGGAGUUUGCGAGAUGGAAUGUGCUUGCCUUCCAAAUGGAGAAUGCAAUGAUGAAGGAAGAUGCUCUUGUUUUCCUGGAUAUUUUGAAUAUAGGAAAGGACAAUGCAAAGACAUAAACGAAUGUGCUGCUGACGAGUCUCCCUGCACUGAUGAUGGCACUGAAUGUAGAAACCACCGAGGGUGGUUUUCUUGUCCCUGUAAACUAGGAUUUGUGAAGAGAUAUGAUAAAUGUGUUAAGGAAGAAGAGGAGGAAUGUAAUUGCGCAGAGAAUGAAGAGUGUUAUCACGGAGAAUGCAUAGAUAUAAGUCUCCUAUACGGUUCAAGCCACUCAGCACACGUUUCAAGUCAACUAAGUGCAUACGUCUUUACACUGAUUGGGCACCUGGCCUUCAGUGCAUGAAAAACCGUACCUCCUGCUUACUUUGCUGCUGAAGUGCUCACUUUCAACUUUAUUUCUGUAAGGCUGGCAGUAAAUAUUAAUAAGAAGUGACAAUUGAAAGACUCUCUUUGUUGUGAUAUAAAUCACUCGUUACGAUUUCAAGAAGUUUUUAAAGUCUCAUUUAUGCUCGUCACGGUUAUUUCCCAUUUUAAUGACAAAUUUUUUAGAUUACAAUUUCUUCUCCUCUAAAAUUCGAGGCAUCGCACCCUUUCCUCGUUUCUUCUCUGGGAAGUAAUUUAACUUUUAGGUCAAGCGUUUCAGGAUAUGUUAUGGUAAACGUACCGUCUCAGAUCUUAGAGGUAGCGUGU